GAAUUAAUGUUUUAAAUAAGAAUAAUGUUGAUGUCUUAUUUUUAUUAUGAGCGAAGGGGUGUACAUGCCCGUGCGCGUGCGUCUCAUUAUCCAUAACCCCAGUCCAAGCGGCGUUUUCCUUCCGUGAACUUUCCUUAAAUCCUGCGGUACUGAGUGUCUCGGGGUUGAUGAAGAUGGUGAUGAUGAAGGUGUUGGUCACGGUGACGUUGGUGUCGUUGGCGCUCGGUUUUCCGACUCAGGAGACGGGAAAGGGGAAGAACUGGGUCGUCCUGGUAGCCGGAUCAAACGGCUGGUACAACUACAGACACCAGGCCGAUGUGUGUCACGCGUAUCAGAUCGUCCAUAAGAACGGGAUUCCGGACGAGCAGAUCGUGGUGAUGAUGUACGACGAUCUGGCGCAGAAUCAGGAGAACCCGACUCCAGGAGUGAUCAUCAACAGGCCAAAUGGUUCGGAUGUGUAUAAAGGAGUGCUGAAAGAUUACGUUGGCGAAGAUGUGACCCCUGAGAACUUCCUGGCAGUGCUGAAGGGCGAUGCGAGCGGUGUGAAGGGAGGAUCAGGAAAAGUGCUGAAAAGCGGACCACACGACCACGUGUUUGUUUAUUUCACUGAUCACGGCGGUCCCGGGCUCUUGGCCUUCCCCAGUAGUGAGCUCUACGUGAACGAUCUGAUGGACACGGUGCAGUACAUGCGCAAAAACCACAAGUACAAGAAGAUGGUGUUCUACAUCGAGGCAUGCGAGUCCGGCUCCAUGAUGAAGCCGCUGCCGGUUGACAUUGACGUAUAUGCCACCACGGCGGCGAACCCUCAAGAGUCGUCCUACGCCUGUUACUAUGACGAGGCCAGAGACACGUAUCUGGGAGACUGGUACAGCGUUAACUGGAUGGAGGACUCGGACUCGGAGGAUCUGAGUAAAGAGACACUUGCUAAGCAGUUUAAGAUCGUCAAGCACGAGACCAACACCAGCCACGUCAUGCAAUAUGGAAACAAGACCAUGUCCAGUAUGAAGGUGAUUCAGUUCCAGGGUAACUCUCUGGGCGGAGCCAGGCUGGCUGAACCCAUGUCGUUGCCCCCGGUUACACAGCGUGACCUCACACCCAGCCCCGACGUCUACCUGUCUGUCCUGAAGAGGAAGCUGAUGAAGAGUAAUGACAUCACCGUUGCCAGGGGUUACCUGAUGGAGAUCAGUGCCCACAUGAAGGUGCGUGAGCUGUUGGCGAACACAAUGCGCAAGGUGACGGAGCGAGUGGUGAACACACACCUGGAGGUUCAGCAGGUGGUGGAGGAGCAUCAGGAGCUCACACAGUACGAGUGUUACAGAGCUGCGGCCACACACUUCAAAACACACUGCUUCAACUGGCACGAUCUGCAGUACGAGUACGCUCUCAGACACCUGUACGUGUUGGUGAAUCUGUGUGAGAGAGGACACCAGGCUCAGAGGAUCACAGCAGCCAUGGAUGAUGUGUGCUACUUCCGGCAGUAAACACACACACACACACACACACACACACACACACACACACACACACACACACACAGGUGUGAUGGAGAUGACGGAGUCUUGGAUGAUCCUGCUUUUUGCACAAAUCAUAUCUGAGAGUGAUUUAAUCAAUUAGUUUAGUCAUUACUGCGAUCACACUAUUGUUUUGAUUGUUUUGAUUGUUUUUAUUCCUCAGUGAGCCAUUGUUUUAAUGAAUGUUGGACUUUUUAACAAAAAAGAAUUUGAAGUUUUUGGGGUUUUUUUGUGAAUGUAAAUUUUUGACGUUUUUGGGGGAAAUCACUGAAGAGGGUCUCGUGUGGAAAAACGCUGCUGCUGAAACACUAAAAUGUGUGUACAUGCACUGACCACACACACACACACACACACACACACACUCUCUCUCUCUCUCUCUCUCUCUCUCUCUCUCUGUCUCUCUCUCUGAAGGAUUUGAGGGCUCACAGGGACACCUAGUGGCCAUAACACUCCUGCCUGCUGUUAGAAUAUUACCAGUUUAUUAUUCUGACUUGAUGACUUUAUUAAGUUUAGAGAGUUUAUUAUUGUUUAGAGAGUUCGUCCUGUGUGUGUUUGUGCUUUGUGUUAAAUCUGUUAUCUCCACACUCAACGUUACUGAAUCGCUGAAUAUAACCCCAUGAUGAUGUUAUAGUAACCGCAUGCUCAUUCAGGUACAUUUAAUCUUCAGCUACACAGGAUGUGCUGCAUGUGGGAGCUGCAGGGAUUCAACCAGGAGAAAUAGGGAUGAUGAUGAUAUUAUUAUUAUUAGUAGUAGUAGUAGUAGUAGUAGUAGUAGUUUUAUUCUUGUUAUACAUUCAGUGAAAUUCAGAAACCGAAGCAGUUUGAUGUCCAUUUGACCUGAUUACUGAAAUAAAUCUGAAUAUGGAUCAGAA